CGCACAAUACUCACGCCUUCCUCCUCCCUCCCUCCCUCUCCAAAAAGAUAACAUUUUUUUGUCACUUUUUCCCAAAACCUAAUUCUAUAAUUUCUCUUCUUUUCUUCCCUAUUUAUACCCCUCCCCAUGCCCGCCUCCGUCAUCCCCAAACUCCCUAAUCUUUUCUCUCCUCACCAUGUUAUAGCCUCUUUUUCUGCCCAUACAAAUUCUUUUCAUUCUUUUUUGAUUUCUUCUUUUGACUAUGGCUGUCGCUUACCGCCAUUUUGCCGCUUCGGAGAAGCGGAAGAAGACGGCGGAGCCGCAGCCGUUGGUGGCGGCGCCGGCGCAGAUUUCCCCGGUUUUGCUGAGCCAGGAUGAGUUGAAGAAGCUGGCGGCGUAUAAGGCGGUGGAGUAUGUGGAGUCGGGUAUGGUGGUGGGAUUGGGGACGGGGUCCACCGCGAAGCACGCCGUGGACCGCAUCGGGGAGCUUUUGCGGCAGGGGAAGCUGGAGAACAUCGUGGGGAUACCCACCUCCAAGGCCACCCACGCGCAGGCGGUGGCGCUGGGGAUUCCCUUGUCGGAUUUGAACGCGCACCCGAUUCUGGAUCUGGCCAUCGACGGCGCCGACGAGGUGGACCCGCACAUGAACCUGGUGAAGGGGCGGGGCGGGUCGCUGCUCCGGGAGAAAAUGGUGGAGGCGGCGUCCAAGAAAUUCGUGGUGAUCGUCGACGAGUCCAAGCUCGUGGGGCAUUUGGGCGGCAGCGGGCUCGCGAUGCCGGUCGAGAUCGUCCCCUUCUGCUGGGAAUUCACCCUCCGACGACUCGAGAUGCUGUUCAUGGAAGCCGGUUGUGUAGCCAAGCUAAGAACAACAACCACCGCCGGCGCCGGCGAUACCAAUCAGCCUUUCGUUACCGACAAUGGCAAUUACAUCAUCGAUUUGUAUUUCAAGAAAGAAAUGGGCGAUUUGAAGGCCGCCAGCGACGCGAUCUUGAGGCUCGCCGGUGUGGUUGAGCACGGCAUGUUUCUUGACAUGGUAACCACCGUGAUUGUCGCCGGAAAGCUCGGCGUCACCGUUACAAACCAAGUAGGAAACUAAUGCUAAUCGGAGCUAGAAUUUGAUACUUUAGCUAAUAUACCCCAUAAUCUUAAUCUUAAUUUAGUCCCUAUUUAGUCUUUGCUUUCAAUGGGCAAUCUCCCUAUAUUAUGUACCUGGCAAAGAUUGGUGCUUUUUGCAUCAACUCAUACAUUUAACUACUUAGUUUUAUCACCUAAAAAGUUCUGGAAUUCCCAUUCUUUUUCUUCACAUGAUUGGUGAACUACAGAGCUUAACUUGAUUGUGAAA